UUUGCUUCUGUAUUCCAAGUUGCAGAUUCUCUCUUUAAACCCUUACACAGCAAAAAGACUGUUUCUGGUUAAGGCGGAAAACUGCAGAUCCAGUAUAUGAAGCAUAAUAUAAAAAAUUACAAAACAAAGAGGGAACUGAAACACUGAAACAACUGUCCUACAGAUACUCCCUGUUAAGCUCCACAUUUCUUGAGGGAUUCAUUGAACUUCAGUCAGAAAAACCAAUAGGAAAAUGGAAAGCCUGGUGGAGUUUACACUAGAUGACUAUUGGUUUUCACAGAAUUACUCUUACGAUUGGGACAACAUUUAUGAGUUACCAAUAUUCAUGGAUAACAAACACAUUAUAAUAUGCAUCAUCCUCGGCAUUGUGGUCCUUCUUAGUUUUGUUGGUAACAUUCUGGUUGUUGUGAUCAGUGUAUUCUAUGUGAGGCUUCGAUCAUUAAUAAGCGUCUUCAUACUCAACUUGGCUCUGUCAGACCUGCUGUUCACUGUUGGACUGCCGUUCUGGGUCUGUGAUUACCUCUGGAAUUUGGAUCUUGGAGAUGCACUUUGCAAAGUUUACAAGUUUCUUUUCUUCUCAGUUGGAUUUUACAGCAACAUGGUGUUUCUGGUGUUGAUGAGCGUUCAGCGCUACAUCUGUGUGGUGCACCCACUCUCAGGCUGGAUGAAAGGAUGUAGUUUUACAGUUGUUCUUAUCUGUGCAUGGGCAAUAAGCAUCUUGGCAGCAUUGCAAGUAGCGGUGCAGGUUGAAGCAAAUUCUAACUUAGGCUGUAUAUACAGCAGUAAUACUGCAUUUCUUGCUAUUCUAUAUAAAGAGAUAUCUGUUUUUGUGUGCACCUUUUUGUUCAUGGCUGUCUUGUACAUCAAGAUUCUACAAAACAUCUUUAAGUCAACAACAAACCAGGGACACAGAACUACUGGACUUGUCUUCACUUUGGUAGCUACCUACUUUGUUUUUUGGGCUCCUUAUAUAAUACUGCAUUUUCUGGCCAUCUUAAAUCAUCAUCAGGUCAGGUUUUAUAUCCCUGUCGAAUAUUUCAAUGAUGCCAUCUACAUCUGCUAUGUUUUGUCUUUCACCCGAUGUUGCCUUAAUCCACUGAUUUAUGGUUUAUUUGGUCUAAGGUUCCGUAAGACUGCACGAAACAUUUUUCUAAGGCGAGCAAACUCUGAAUAAAUGGGAAUUUAAGAAGUUCAUUCUGACAGUGAUGUCAAAUUAAAUAAUUAAUUAAACCAACUUUUGUAACUUUCUCUAACCAACCACUUGUAACUUCUAGCUCUGAAACCUUGACUCCUAACAAGAAAAUCUGAGCAGUCAGGUAUUUUUCACAAAUUCUCAAAAAUCAAAGGGGAAAAAAACAACUUUUAAAGCAUAUUAUUUGCUGCAACUUAUCAUAAGUAGAAUUAUAAUUAUAAGAUCUUAUUUACAACAUUCCUAACUUCUUGAUUCCUCUUGACUUAGAAGCAUUGAUGAUUAUGAAAUCUCACAUCAAAAUUCGUACAAAGUUUUCCAUCACAUUCCGGCGUUAAACCCCUGGUGAAUGUGACCUGCGUUUUGUCUGAAUAAUUAAAAUUCUGUGUUCUGUGUAAAAUCAAAAAUCUGUGUUUUUUUGGAUUACUUCUCUUUGUUUUUGCAUUAUUAUGAUAUAUUUGCACUUCAUGUGUUCGUUUUAAAUGACUGAAACUAACCUGCAUUAAAGGGAUGUGUUCAAUUGUUUAAUGUUUCUUUUUUUUUUAUUUCAUGUAUAAUUUGUCUCAUGAUUUGUCUCAUGAUAUUCAGUAUUAAAAAAGAAAAGAAAUCGAUUAUUUGUAAAAUAGCAUGCUUUAUUUGUUUACCUGGAACAUAUCUCAUUGUGGAAACUGUAGAAUUACAGAUAUAAUCAGACCAUCAGAGCUGCUCCCAGUGAACCAGUCACCAAAAUAUACACUAUUAUUACUGUUUAACUGUGCAAUAUUGACAAAAAUAACGUUUUUUAAAGCAGCACGUGCAAUAACAAUAGUUUAAAAACGUGCAAUAUUACCUAUGUGCAAUAUGUUUGAUAUUAUAACUACUUAC